UGUGUGGACCUGAACUCUUGGUCCCGCUCACUGUAUUAUUAUAUUGCUGGGUCCUGUCAUCUCUCGUUAUACCGGGACGUGAAGGAGACAGACUCUGCGAAAGCCGCAGAGCAUGCCGAAUUGGCCGAGAAAUAUUUCCGAAUGGCCCCCACAGUAGCUGGAAAGAAGCGUUUCAUGGCACGACAACUGCCAUUCGAUGUGUUUGUGGCUCGCAAGUUUGCUAAAUGGGAGGCACGUGCCAAGGAGUGGAAGGUAACUCUGGUCGAUGCGGUUGGCAUUGACCCGGUUGAGGAAAUGAUCUUCUUUUGGAACGGCCACAGCCGUAUGACGGACGAGCAGCUGCAAGAGUCGUUGCAGAAACUGGCCUGGAGUGAAUCCAGCGCCAAUAAGACCUGGUCACGAGAGGGCCCAGAGGAGAAAGCGAUCUUGAAGUUGCUUCGAGCGGCUGUUCACCGCUCGCUGCGCAAACACGCCCAGGCAAAGGAAAUGCUCGAGGAUAUCCUGAGCCAGGACCGGACAUUGUUCAAGGGCCAACUGAAAGACGAUUGGAUUUGUCCAGUUGCCCACUUCGAAAUGGCAGCGAAUCUCUGGAUGGAACGCCCGACGUACAUCGCCAACCACGGCGGAGCGAAACAAGUCUCGGACAAAGAAUCCGCUGGGCCAGCCGAUGUGAAGGAUGCGCUACAGUACGAGCGAGAGAAAGUACGGAAGUGCAAAGAGUAUUUGGAAAAGGCGGCAAAGUGGGAGAGCUACGAGCUUGAUGCGCGUAUAGGUCUCAAGGUGACAGCCGCCAUGGAAGCAGUGCAAAAGUGGGAGAGCACACAUCCGAAUGUUUAG